AUGCGCGUCACAGGCCCGGUCUGCGCGCUGCUCUGUGUGAACAUCCGCCUAGCAAUAGCCAACAAAGAGCCUCAGCUUCCAAUCCACAAUGCCGCUGAUGCUUGCCCCGACUAUGCGUCAUAUGCGUCUUAUCCGCACAAGCCUCUGAGCACUGGGCCUCUCGCACUUCCGUUUCAAAGACCCGAGCGACGAUGUCGGACAUUCCACUCCGAUGAAAUCGAGAAAGUUAUAACAGACAUCACGACACGAAUGAAGGACCCAGACCUGGCACGAUUAUUCGAGAACGCUUUCCCGUCAACAACCGAUACGACUAUUAAAUUCCAUACCAAAGGCAGAGAUACCGGCUUCGUUCGAUUCGGCGGAUCGCGAACUGUCUUGGAUGACGGUGCCUGGCAAGGGCAUCACUCCUUCAUAAUAACGGGGGAUAUACUUGCCGAAUGGCUGCGCGACUCAACAAACCAGCUGCGUCCAUAUCAAACGCUGGCAAAGAAAGAUCCCGCCAUUUUUGACUUGAUCUUGGGCGCCAUCAACACACAGGCGGAGUACGUCAUUGAGGCUCCAUACUGCAAUGCUUUCCAGCCUCCUCCCAUUAGUGAUCUUCCGAUAACGUCCAAUGGUCAGGACGACGUUGUCCAUCCAGCAUAUGAACCCAGCGCUGUAUUUGAGUGCAAGUACGAACUUGAUUCGCUAGCCCAUUUUCUGGCGCUGGCGAACGACUUCUAUGAACACACAGGCUCGACAGAUUUCUUGAACAACCGAUGGUAUCUCGCAGUCGAAACACUCCUACAAGUCCUAGAAGCACAGUCAAAGCCGACGUUCGACCCGGAAACGGGAGACUAUUUGAGAAAUGAGUACACUUUUCAGAGACGGACAAGCACUGGCACAGAGACACUCAAUUUGCAAGGAAACGGUAACCCCCUCAACAGCGGCACAGGUCUCAUUCGCUCCGCAUUCAGACCUAGUGAUGACGCCACGAUCUUAGGCUUCUUUAUCCCUGCCAACGCGAUGAUGUCUGUCGAGCUGCGCCGGACCUCUAAGUUCCUCAAGGCUUCAAAUAAAGCAUCUUUGGCAGAAAAGCUGGAGAAGUGGGGUGAUUCUUUACGCUCCGCUGUCUGGGAGCACGGCGUGGUCACCCACACAAAGUACGGACAAGUUUUUGCGUACGAAGUUGACGGCUAUGGUUCCGCGAUCAUGAUGGACGAUGCAAAUUAUCCAUCUCUGCUAGCCUUGCCCCUCAUGGGGUUUUGUGGAAUUGAAGAUCCAAUUUACAAAAAUACAAGAAAAAUGAUAUUGGAAAAACGGGGCAAUCCCUACUACCUGAAAGGCAAGGAUUUCGAGGGCAUCGGCGGUAAGUAA